AUGCAAGAAGUAAAGGUACAAAUGUGUAAUAAUGAAAUUGCUUGGCGCUGUGAACAGAUUGUCACACUUGGACACGCUUGUGCUGUGGAGAGUGCCGCCCACCACCACCCACACCGCCCAGUGCUGGUUCUGAUGACCGCUCCCACUCUCAACCACACCCAUCCACUCAUGCAGGUGUUGUCAGGGUUGAGGAGCGUGCGACUGGCCUGGCUGGACCUGGACCAGGUGUUCAGUGAGGAACCUCUGAAGACCUGGCACCGAGACCGUGUCUGGGUCAUGAGUGAAGACCGCGUGGCUUGGGUAGUGAGCGACGCCGCCCGUGUGGAGGUCUUAAGGAGACACGGAGGGACUUACCUCGACCUGGAUUCCAUCACUCUCCGCGCCCUGCCCAGCUCCACCAACUGGGUGGCAAGGAUCCACACCAACCUCGUCGGCAACGGCAUUAUGAGCUUCAGUUCGGAGCACCCGUUUCUUCAGGCAGUGGUAGCGGACAUCCCUUCAGUGUUUGACCCGGGCAUGUGUUGCAGCAUUGGUCCUGAUCUGAUCACUCAGCACCUCCAUCGUCGGUGUCCCGACAACGUCACCAUCCCCGCCUCCGUCGCCUCCGACCAGUUCGAGAUUUGCGGCGACAUCACCGUCUGGCCCACCAAUCUUUUUUACCCCAUCCCUUACGGCUACCCACAGUACAGGACGGAGAGCAUCUUCAUGGAGGGUAUGGGGAUGGGUACCGCCUUCUUCAGCAGUACCAAGGCCGUUUCUCUCCACCUCACCCACUCUCUCACCCACAUGACAGUCGUUAGUCUUGCUGGAGACUCCAUCCUCAAGGAGGCUGCCGUCAAAAACUGUCCGCGAGUGGUGGAGGCUCUCAAGACACAUAAAAUGGAUCUGUAGGGAACCACUCCAAUAAUACCAUCCCUAAAACAUAAAACAAAACUUGACUGCAUCUAGUAGACUCCAAGCAACCAGGUUAUCCAAGAAUGAUAGUAACUAUGCUAACUAUGAAUGGACUGUACAGAUCAUGGACUCUUGUAGCAAAAAUGGGUCCCAGUGUUGUAACUUUAUGUUGUUAUAACUUUAUGUUUAUAACAGUGUCCUAACCUUUAUGUUCCCAAUUUGAACAUCUUUACCAUUGUGAUCAUUGCUGUCUUCUUAUAUGUGCUGCCAAUCUGCUGUAUGGUGUUUAUAAAUUUUGUUUAUCU